GUUGCUAUAUAUAUACGUAUAUAGAGUAAAAUAUGUUUAUAUUGUUGCCAAUUUAUAUAUAUUUGGCAUAAUUUUGAGGGAAAAACAAGACCCUGAAUUGUCUUUUUCAAACAAUAGAAUUGGGCUUAGAUAACAUUCUCGAUGACGUCGAUAUCAUCGUCUAUGGGCCAUAAAAUUUUAUGAGUAUCGGCGACGGAUUAACUAGGCCAAGUGGAUACCUUCGCUACGCGGCUACGAUGAUUGACCCUGGAAAAUGAGCUUGAUAGAUUGAUAACCCAUUGGGCGGCGUCUAUAUAAGCAUUCCUAAUAACCGCUGAGCUAACAUAACGCUUAUCCACUCGGAAUCGAACAUGUCGUUAAGUUGGAAUACGCUGCUCCUGCCGCUGCUACUGUUCACCUGCGUUGGCGGCCUGACUGUGCCGGCUGUGCCCACGCUGCGACAAGAUGGACGCAUUGUAGGUGGCGUUCAGGUGUCUAUUAAGGAUUAUCCGUAUCAAAUUUCACUGCAGCGUAGUUUUCACAUGUGCGGCGGCUCAUUGAUUGGCGUCGGCUGGGCACUGACCGCCGCCCAUUGUGUGGAGAGCGCUAGUGUGGAGUCCUUGAAGGUGCGCGUCGGUGCCACGCGCAAAGAGAAGGAUGGCCUGAUCGUCAACAUACGGCGUAUUCACCGUCAUCCCGACUACAAUUCACGAACAAUCGACUAUGACUAUGCCCUGCUAGAGCUGGCGCCCUAUAAUAGCACAGACGUCACCCAGGCAUUUGCCCAGCUGCCUGAACAGAAUGAGGAUCUUCCAGAUGGCACAUUGGUUACAAUCACCGGCUGGGGCAAUACUCAAAAUGCCGAGGAAUCGUCAGAUGUGCUGCGAGCUGUCACCGUGCCCACGGUGAAUCAGACCCAAUGCACUUUAGCAUAUGAGCAUUUUGGCAACAUUACGGACCGUAUGCUAUGCGCGGGUCUCACCGAAGGUGGCAAGGAUGCCUGUCAAGGGGACUCCGGCGGGCCGCUGGCCGUCAAUGGCAAAUUAUGGGGCGUUGUCUCCUGGGGAUUUGGCUGUGCGAAGCCCAAAUAUCCUGGUGUUUACUCCAAAGUGUCGGCAGUCAGGAAUUGGAUUGUCUCGAUAAGUGGCAUAUAGCUUGUUUCCAAUAAAUUCAAUUAAACCUAUCAAUUAAUUACAAAUUUGCUGGUUAGCGCGAAAUAAUAAAAAAAAAAAAAAAAAGAAACGUUCAACAAUCGAUAAAUACUAAUGGGCAGCAUUGGUGGCCUUUCAAAUGGGCAGUACUAUUAAGAGCAUGUAACAAGCUCGUUGCUAUGGCACUCGCAGCAGGGCGCGUAAUUUAAAAAAGUAUUGUUCUGAAAUGUCUUUAGGCUUUGCAGUUUUCAUGAUUUUACUUGUUAAACAAGAUGAGUAAAAGUAUAAAAAUUAAUAUAGUAAGCAGGAAUAUA